AUGGCAAAUAGGUGGUGGACCGGCCAGGUUGGUUUACCUGGUGUUGAAACAUCUUCAUCAACUGGCUCACCAGUGUUGAAGAAGCCAGAUCUGGGCAUAUCAAUGAACGACAACAGCGGAAGCGGUGGCGGCAGUGGUGGAAGAGAUGAUGAAGACGAAAGAGAAAACAGCACUGAUGAGCCUAAAGAGGGUGCAGUUGAGGUAGCUACUCGGAGGCCUAGAGGAAGACCUCCUGGUUCCAAGAAUAAGCCAAAACCGCCUAUCUUUGUCACUAGAGAUAGCCCUAAUGCUCUCAGAAGCCAUGUCAUGGAGGUUGCAAAUGGUUCUGACAUAGCUGAAAGCAUAGCCCAGUUUGCCAGGAGAAGGCAAAGGGGAGUUUGUGUACUGAGUGCUAGUGGAACAGUUACUAACGUAACCCUUAGGCAACCUUCCGCACCUGGUGCAGUCAUGGCUUUACAUGGCCGCUUUGAGAUUCUCUCUCUCACCGGAGCUUUCCUCCCCGGUCCAGCCCCUCCCGGGGCUACCGGACUAACUAUAUACCUAGCUGGAGGCCAAGGCCAAGUGGUUGGGGGAAGUGUGGUUGGAUCACUAGUGGCCUCAGGACCAGUGAUGGUGAUUGCUUCAACAUUUUCGAAUGCUACUUAUGAGAGGCUGCCUAUUGAGGAAGAUGAAGAAGGCGGUGGUGCAGCUCAGGGACAACUUGGUGGGAACGGAUCACCGCCGUUGGGGAGUGGUGGGGCGCCGCAGCAAGGUGGUUUGGGUGAUCCGUCCUCUAUGCCUGUGUAUAGUUUGCCACCAAACCUGAUGCCUAAUGGUGGACAGCUGAACCAUGAAGCAUUUGCUUGGGCUCAUGGCCGCCCUCCUUACUAA